AUGAUCCUAACCUAUCUCUUAUCAGAAAAAUAAACAAAUAAUUUUAAAUUUUUAUCCAAUAUUAAAGUCUCCUGAACAUAUGCAGAUGAUUAACCUACCCAUUGUGUUCAGGAAAAUUUCCAUACGCUCAGGAAUACUAUCGCCCUCAAAAUUUCAACUCUUCUGCAGAAAAUGUAGUGGUGGAAAAUCAAAUGGUCAUAAUGAAAAAUCAAACCCUGCAGGGGAGGGUUACACUACAGUAUACAAAUUUCCGUGGAUAAGACAUAUGUCAGUGUUUAGCAGACUAAAAAUAUAUCAUGCCGCUGGGGUAAUAAUAAGUGUACCUGUUUCCUUCGUUUUAGCAUCGCAAGGCAUUGUUGAUGCUGCAUUACCUCUAGCAACUACAUAUAUAGGUCUGGGUACAGGCGCAUUUCUGGGUAGUUUGAGUGUCGUGACAAACAGGUAUAUAGGUUUUAUUUACUUUAAUGGUACGAAGGAGACUGUGAAAGUGGCUUAUGUGGAUUUCUGGGGGAAGAGAAGAGAACAAGAAAUUCCACUUCGUGAUAUUAUGCCAUUUUCUGAAGCAUCUGUGAAUUAUAUCGGACAAUACUUUUAUAAACCACUUCAAAGGUACUCUGGAGGAAAAACAUUGAAAGUGAAUUUAAAUUAUGGAACAGUUAUUGAUCAAGAAAAAUUCCAAAAAAUAUUUCCCAUAUAAAUAAAACCAAAAUUGUUCAUU